GAUAGACAGAGCCACAGAGGACUAUGUAUUUUCCGAAACCCAGCCCAGGAAUAAUAAGAACCAAACCAACGUGGCAACGACCAAACGACCGUGUUCCCACUUUCCUGUUUAGUCCAAAUAUCAGCUUACUUCAUCGUCUGGUGUCUCUCUGUUUUCCAUUUCUCUUGAUAGGGCACCGCAACAUUGAAACCCGCGGACCCCAUUCCCGCCCUUUCCGUAAGAAUAAAAUAGGAGAGAAACUUCGAAGUCUUUACGUACACCCAUUUGGCGCGUGAAUAAAGUUCGGUGCAUCUUCCUACGCCCCCGCCGCCGGAGAAGAUUGCAAGCACUGUUACAUUCUAGGGUAUCUCCUGCUCAUAAAUUUGCGCUUCCCGGCCUAUGCUGCUCCGGGAUUCCUGAACUCCUGUCCGAAUUCCUUCUGGACUCUCCCUCGUGUCUUGUGAUCUGGCUCGAACGGGUCCAACUUGGCAGUGACGAGCUGUAUGGCAGGAGUAAUCUCUGAGAACAUAAGGGAACUUUGAGGGUAUCAGUGUGCAUACCUUUAUGGGUGGAUUUGGACGUCUUAUAUAGGCCCCUGGACUCUGGGGGCUCAGGGUAACAGUUUUGAGUUCUUUGUGGAGUUGUUUCCUUAUUUUUCAGGCACAUUAAGGUGUCAAUUGAGAUGUUUUCGCAAGAAUUACGAUUCGUUCACGUAGAAUCUGGCGCGCAACAUGAUGAGCUGUUCUAACGGUUGCACUAUCGGCGCCUUUGGUAGCGAGCUGCUGGGGACGGUUAGCGAGUUCUUCCUCGCAGGUCGCCUUAGGUCCUCUAAGCUCGGCCUACUCCUAGGACAGCUCACUAUAAUCCUACGGGGCUGCCAGCUCGGCCUUGCCGAUCUGUACUGGGAACUGCAGGGGGUGGUUAGCGAGCUCUCCUUAGCAGGUCGUCUUAAGUCUCUACAGCUCGACUGACUCCUAGGACAGCUCGCCGUAAUCCUACGGGGUCAGUUAGUUCGGUCUCUUCAAGGUAGAGGUCGUCUUGGGUGAGAUGCUUCAAGCUAAUUUUACUGAGCUAGCUCGUUGACUAGGCGCUGAGGUGUAAUUUGGAUGCCGUGUGUCUCCGAAGGUGGGUCGCCAGGUCUCUAGUAGGUAGGUCUUCAGGUCUCCAUCAGGUCUCUGGAGGUAGGUAUUCAGGUCUUCAUCAUUUUGGCUAAGGUAGGUCAUCGCCUACGUGGUGUCGGGUGUCAUCCAACUGUUUUUGAGAUGCCACAUGUCAUAAUGUUAGUGGAGGGCCAAAUCUGCCCUCAUCAUUUACCAUGUUCAGUUAAAUGUGUUACAUGGGUAAAUGAUUUUUUGAGAGUUAUAGUUGAGGUUGCGGCCUUCUUUAUCUCUUUUAGUUGGUUGAGAAAACACAACUUGAGAUGCCAUUUUGACAAAUGAAAUGCAGUUAGGUACCCGAAACACUUAUUGUUGAUUCUAUUUUACAAACAUUCCAUGUUUUUGUGAAACAGAUAUAUAAGUUACAGCUUUUAUAAGAGGACAAAAGUUGUUCGCAUAAUGGCACUUUGUUUUGAGGUAUUGUCAAGGUUCAAUCGUGCUCGUGCAGCUCAAUUGACACUCCCUCACUUUGUGUGCCAAACACCUUUAUUUAUGCCUGUAGGAACACAAGGUACAAUAAAAGGUUUAACAACAAAUCAGCUCGAGGAAAUUGGUUGCCARAUAGUGCUUGGGAAUACAUACCAUUUGGCACUUCGUCCUACCUCAGAACUGAUUGAUGAAUUGGGGGGUCUUCACAAAUUUAUGAACUGGCCGAGAGCAUUACUUACUGAUUCUGGAGGUUUUCAGAUGGUAUCAUUGUUGCAUUUAGCUGACAUUACUGAAGAAGGUGUAACUUUUCAGUCACCUGUUGAUGGAAAGCCAAUGCUCUUGACACCUGAGGAGUCGAUACAAAUCCAAAAUAGAAUUGGAGCAGAUAUUAUCAUGGCCCUUGAUGAUGUUGUGAAAACCACCAUUACUGGGCCACGGAUUGAGGAGGCUAUGUAUCGCACUCUUCGUUGGAUAGAUAGAUGUAUAGCUGCUCACAAGAGACCAAGUGAACAAAACUUGUUUGGGAUUGUACAAGGGGGAUUAGAUCCUGUUCUCAGAGAUAAAUGUGUUAGAGGCUUGGUCCAUCGUAAUUUACCAGGCUAUGCUAUUGGUGGUCUUGCAGGCGGUGAAGAUAAAGACUCAUUUUGGCGUGUCGUUGCUCAGUGCACUGCUGCUUUACCUGAGGAUAAACCACGUUAUGUUAUGGGUGUUGGUUAUCCACUUGAUAUUGUAGUUUGCAGUGCAUUAGGUGCUGACAUGUAUGAUUGUGUUUAUCCUACCCGUACUGCUCGCUUUGGCACUGCUCUUAUACCUGAGGGGGUACUGAAAUUGAAACAUACUGCAAUGGCUGAUGAUGUUCGCCCCAUUGAUCCUACAUGCAAUUGUAUGGUUUGCAAAAACUAUACAAGAGCAUACAUCCAUUGUCUUGUCACCAAAGAUGCUAUGGGAUCUCAACUUCUCUCAUACCACAAUCUCUAUUAUAUGAUGAAGCUUGGUAGAGAUCUGCACACAUCAAUAAUUCAGGGAUGUUUUCCGGAGUUUGUGUGUGGGUUCCUACAGAAAAUGUUCCCCAAAGGUGAUGUCCCCGAAUGGGUUUGCAAUGCCAUGGAGGUUGCUGGAAUCGACAUUUCUUCCUGCUGUGCUCCCUUCUCUUCAUCCUGAGGUUAGGUGUAGUUAGACUGAAAGGAGUUGGUUUUUUCCUAAGCAUAAGGAAAUAAUAAUGAAAGACGGCUCAUAUAAUUGAGGGCAUUGUCUCAUGUCCAGGACUUUUUUUAAUCAAAGGCAGCAUAUAUUUUGUAGUGAAUAUGCUGCUUGAAUAGGAAUUGCAUCUAAUUUAUGAAAUUUUAAUCAACUUAUUGGCAUUACAGGCUGGCAGCAUAAGUUUUGUAGAGGAUAUGCUGCCGAAAUUGUUUUUAAUAGUUGCUGUAAGCAAUUUGUAUCUGCAUUUUAUUGAUCUACUUGUAUCAAGUUACGCUAGUUUUUGAUCUUUGAUGCAAGCCAUAAAUGAUAUUUUUCUUAAGCACGCCCUGUUGUAUA